AACAAAGCAAGAGACCUCAUCUCUAGACAGUCGGAGACACAGCAGAUGGAGGUCCUGAAGGAGAAAGUGGAGGAGGAAGAGGAGGCCGAGCGGGCCGAGAGGGCCGAGAAAAUGAUGAGGCCGAUGGAGAUGCGGAAGGAGGACACCACCAGGACGCAGGAGAUGCUCAGAGACCUGGAGAGGAAGCUGUCGGAGAUUGAGGUCUCCAUCCCGGAGAAGCCCUCGACUUUUACCAAGGAUGCUAUUGACACUUCCAAGCUGCCCCUUUCCUACCAAAGCAACACGCCCAAGGAGGAACACCUGCUGCAGGUGGCAGACAACUUCUCCCGCCAGUACAGCCACUUGUGCCCGGACCGCGUGCCCCUCUUCUUGUACCCAGUGAACGAGUGCAACGUGCCUAAGUUCGUGAGCACGACCAUCCGGCCCACACUGAUGCCCUACCCUGAGCUCUACAACUGGGACACCUGCGCCCAGUUUGUCUCAGACUUCCUGUCCGCGGUGCCCUUGCCCGACCCCCUCAAGCCGCCCUCCUACCUGUACUCCUCGACCAUGGUGCUCAAGCACCAGGAGGGCAACUGCUUUGACUUCAGCACGCUGCUCUGCUCCGUGCUGCUCGGCGCCGGCUACGAUGCCUACUGCGUCUACGGCUAUGGCUCGCAGGACCUGUGCCACAUGGACCUGACUCGGGAGGUGUGCCCACUCACCGUGAAGCCCAAGGAGAUGGUCAAGGAGGAGGAAAAGGCACCACCUAAGAAGUACGCUGUCAAACCGCCCAGGGACCUGACAAGCAGGUUUGAGCGGGAGCAGGAGGUUAAAAGGCAGGAGGGAGUCAAGGCCGAGGAGGAGAAGCGGCUGAAGCAGGGGGAGCUCCUCGCGGAGCAGGAGAGUGCAAAGACCGACCCCCUGCACGGCCUGCGGGUACACUCCUGGGUCCUGGUGUUGUCGGGGAAGCGCGAGGUGCCCGAGAGCUUUUUCAUUGACCCGUUCACUGCACGCAGCUACAGCACCCAAGACGACCACUUCCUGGGAAUAGAGAGCCUCUGGAACCACAAGAACUACUGGGUCAACAUGCAGGACUGUUGGAACUGCUGCAAGGUGCUGGGCGGGGCCUGGGCGGGUAUGGCUGGCACAGUGGGUGAAGGCAGGUGUGACCUGUGGGGAGAUCUGGCCACCAGGCCAGGAGGGCUUUGGACUUUCCCUGUAGCUGAGUGCCCAGGGCCCACUCCUUUGCCCAUACAUAAUCGUUUCAAUAUGAUUAUUGUCGCUCUUUUGGUUUGUAUAUUCUUAUAAAAUGUGGAUUGUUAGUUCAUCUGAUUUUUUUUAAAUGUUGUAUUGAAGUGCAAUACACGUGCAGGAAAGUGCACUCAUCCUACACGUCCAGCUCAAUGAAUUUCCGUACAUACAUACGUAUAAAAAACUCAGUGCCAUUUACAGAAGUUGAAAAUACGCGUCCAGCUCAAUGAA